AUGAGCCAGAGAAAGACAAAAAGUAACACUGCAGAUGUUCACUCCAUGGAAGAGAGUAAAGCUGCAGCAUUAAGACAAUACGAAUAUACGGAAGGACACUUCUCCAUGGUCAGGAGUUUCCGACUGGCUGAUCUAGUCACCAUUGCGAACGGCAUUUGCGCAUCGUUCUCCAUGUUCAUGUCGGCCAAGUACCUUGUCACCAAAGACGAAGACUACUUGUGGUCCGCGCUGUUCUUCCCCUAUGCUGGGUUGAUGUUCGAUUUCUUGGAUGGGAAGGUGGCAAGGUGGCGAAACGAAAGCAGCAUGCUCGGGCAAGAGCUUGACAGUCUUGCAGACUUGAUAUCUUUUGGCGUUGCGCCGGCUCUCCUCGCCUUUGCGGUAGGCCUCAGAACAUACCUGGACACGGUCGUUCUCACAGGAUUCAUAUGUUGCGGCCUUGCUCGCCUCGCUCGAUUCAAUGCAACAGUAGCUCUCGUUCCAAAAGACGCAAAAGGGAAGGCGCAAUACUUCGAGGGUCUGCCCAUCCCUUCGUCGUUGGUUCUUGUUGCAGUCCUCACAUUUUGGACGAGCAAAGGGUGGAUAGAAGGAAAGGACGGUAUUCCAAUGGGUACUGUUACUUUGUGGGGUUCAAAGGGCGGGGACGGAGAUAUUCAUUUGGUGUGUAUCGUCCCCGCUUUAUGGGCGGCCGCUAUGGUCAGCAAGACAUUGCGCGUGCCAAAGAUAUGA